AUGCCCGCGUCGAAUCGGACGACCCGACCGGCCGCGCGCGCGCCCCGCGGAGCCGCGGCGUCCACCUGGGCGAUCGUCCGCGAGGUGCUGCUCGUCGUCACGUUCGUCGUCGCGCUCCGCCUGUCGCUCGUCACCGCCGCGGAGGACGCCGUCCCGUCCGACGAACCGUCGUGUUCGGCCGCGUCGACGGACGGCGGAUCGGGAUCGUGCGCGUCCGAGCCCUCGUUUGCCCGCAUCGUCGCGAUACCCGACAUCCACGGCGACCUCCAUCACUACCGCCAGUCCCUCCGGCUCGCCGGCGUCGUCGACGGCGAGGACGCCCCGAUCGAGUGGACCGCGGGCGACAGCACGCAUCUGGUGCAGACGGGAGACGUCGUGGACCGAGGCCAGCACUCGCUGUUGAUCAUGGACAUGCUCGCCAACCUCACCGUUCGCGCGAAGAGGGUCGGCGGUAAGGUCACCGCGCUCAUGGGGAACCACGAGCUCAUGUCGGGGCUCAUGGACGACACUAGGUACGUCCACAAGGAUGAGAUCUUACUCUUGGGCACGAAAGAGCUGGACGCGUUGAGGGAACUCGGCGGCGAGGGCAUGGGCGCGUCCUACGGCAUCUCCGCCAAGUGGCAGACCGGCACGAUGGUGUGGCACAGGUCGUUCGACCCGGACGCCAAGCAGGGCCGACGGCUUCGAAGAAGAAGGCCGCUCGCGACGGUGGCCGGGAGCGGAUUCUGCAAAUCGCUCUUUUCGCACGCGGGGGUGCGCUCGCGCCACCUCGACGCGUUCAACGGCGGCGUCGACGCCAUGAACGAAGCGGCGGCCGCGGCGAUCCAGGGCAAGCCCGACAUCGGGUGGCUCCAUCACCAUCCGCUGUACGACAACGAAUCGCCGGUGUGGAACCGUUUCUACUCGCGCGAAGACGACGACGACGGCGAGGUGUGCGACGAGGUGAACCGGGUGUUGACCGCCGCGCGCGCCAAUCGCAUGGUGAUCGGGCACACCGUGCAGAGCGGCGGGAUGCGCACCAAGUGCGGGGGUAAGCUUCACCUCAUAGACGUCGGGAUGUCGAGCGCGUACGUGGGGAGGGGCGCGGCUUGGGUUUGCGAGGGCGGCGAGGUGCGGGCGCGAUACGCGGAUGGAACGGAGCUUCUCGAGAAGGAGGCAGAUGGGGAGAAUCAAUCGGGCGGCGCGACAGCUGCGGAAGCGGGGGAGGAGAAGAAGGAGAAGAAGAAGGGGUGGUGGUGA